UUAGGUCUCAUUUAUAAUAGGCUUAUGAUUCUAAACACCCAUUCCGUGUGACCUACCAAACGCUACAAUAUUAUCUAAAAUAUUCCCUUGUCUGCAUUCUCCCUUUACAAAAAAAGCUCUCCUUUCACAAUGCCACAUCCGCAGCCCCAGUACAUUGUCAAGCUACAAUACAAACCUUCUAUCGUGAAGACCAGAUCUGUGACUUUAUCAUACCGGAGUUCUCGCAAGAGAGGCGCUCCUUCCCCAGUGACGCCUGACCACAGUUCCCACUCCCUCAGCUCGGAAUCCAUCAACCACGAUGGGGAUAGCUCAGACAUAGAUAAGGGCGACGACAACACGUUUCUGAGGACUCACACAGUCCCCGAGGAAUCUCUGACCCCGGAAAGCAUCCACCGUACCUCUGAACUAGCACUGCCCACGGAGGUUAAAAUCCUCCAGGAACUAGAAUUCAAAGCCCCAGUGCUAACCACAGCGCCUGCAAACCUGGAAUGGAAGCCUGAUGCCGCUUUUACAGACCUUGACGCGGCGCAGUAUCCGUACUCCUCGUACUUUGUUCCUCCCCGGAUUGACGCUGCUGUCCUGAUACCAAAGGAAUACGCACAGAAUCACCCCACAAGGGCGCUCCAAGCCAUGCGAGAGAACAGCCAAUACGGGGAAAGCACCACUUGGGCCAAGGGUUUCGACUCAGUAAUGGACUUGGUAGUGUCAUACCAUGAUGUUUGGCGAGUGCUUCAGGCGCGAAAGAAGAUGUUGGUACGUGAGCAAAGAAAGACGCUCUCGUCCCGAAACCAGACUGGCCCAGACAGAAAAAGAGGGUCCAUGAGUAACCAGUAAUGCCGUUUGAGGACUGAAGGUACGAUUGUGACCUUAAAAUAAACCGGUGAGCACCUGAUAACCUUUACCAAAAACUUUUACGGGGGGGGGGGGGGGGUG